CGCCGCCUCGCGCACGUCGGAGGAGCUGAGUUGGAGGAUCAUGGCGGAGCGCAGGAGACACAAGAAACGGAUCCAGGAGGUGAGCGAGCCCACCAAGGAGGAGAAGGCAGUGGCCAAGUACCUCCGAUUCAACUGCCCCACCAAGUCCACGAACAUGAUGGGCCACCGAGUCGACUACUUCAUUGCCUCCAAGGCAGUGGACUGUCUGCUGGACUCCAAGUGGGCCAAGGCUAAGAAGGGAGAGGAGGCUCUAUUCACCACCAGAGAGUCUGUGUUGGAUUACUGCAACAGACUUCUAAAGAAGCAGUUCUUCCACCGGGCUCUCAAAGUGAUGAAGAAAAAACCGGAGAAAGACGCCAAGAAAGAGAAAGAGAAGGAGAAAGAGAAGGCCAAAGGCGACAGCAGCAAAGAGGAGGAGAAAAAAGGGAAGAAGGAGAAAGAGAAGAAGAAAGAGUCUGAAGCUGCUGAAACCAAGAAAGAGAAAAGCGAUGACAGUCCUGGAACCCCCAAGAAGAAGAAAGAAGUGAAAAAGAAGUUUAAACUGGAGCCCCACGAGGAUCAGAUGUUCCUGGAUGGAAAUGAGGUUUACGUGUGGAUUUAUGAUCCUGUCCACUUCAAGACGUUUGCCAUGGGGCUGAUCCUCGUCAUCGCAGUGAUUGCAGCCACUCUGUUCCCACUGUGGCCAGCAGAAAUGCGUGUAGGAGUUUACUAUCUAAGUGUUGCAGCAGGCUGCUUCGUUGCCAGUAUAUUGCUUCUAGCUGUCGCCCGCUGCAUCCUCUUCCUGAUCAUCUGGCUGGUGACCGGUGGGCGCCAUCACUUCUGGUUCCUCCCCAACUUGACAGCAGACGUUGGUUUCAUCGACUCGUUCCGGCCGCUCUACACUCAUGAGUACAAAGGACCACGAGCAAGCAACAAGAAGGGCUCCGACAAGACCGACGAGAAGGACAGCGCCGCCUCCACCAAGGCUCAGAAAUCGGACAGCGACGAGAAGUCAGACAGCGAGAAGAAGGACGGCGAUGACGAAGACGAGGAGGAAGAGGAGGAGAGCAAAGAGACAGGACGAGAGGAGAGUAAAGAAGCUGAGGGGGAGGGAACGGGGCCGGACCGCCACUCAGACACAGACAGCGACCGGCGUGAGGACGAGGGCUCGCAACACAGCAACGGAAACGACUUUGAGAUGAUCACCAGAGAAGAGCUGGAGCAGCACACGGAGGAGGAAGAGGAGGAGGAGGAGGAGGAGGAAGACCAGGAAACGCAAGAGAGUAAAGAAGAGGGUGGGAGUGAGACUAAAGCCCAGACUGCUGAAACAUAAACUUCUUACAAUCCCAUCACUCUCUACUUUUCUCUCUCUGUCCUUCCCUCCCUCCCUCCUGUGAUGCAGGACCUGAUAGUCCGGCCUCUCUGAGCCCGCUGAGGCCGAGGAGAGCCUCCAUCUCUUCUUGUUGAGAUCUUCCACUAAAACAGCACCGAUAGACCAGAACCAGGAUAGACACAACCCUGAAAAGUUAACGGCUAUGACAAUGGGGGAAAAAAAAUGUUAAAAAAAACAAAAAAAAAAAAACAAAUAGAAGAAGAAGCCUUACGGUGGAUCUGAUUCCUCCCACCCAAAUGUUAUUUAUGUUCAAAUGAAAACUGCCACCAGACGUUUGCCUGAGGAAGUUGUCAACAAAAUCCCAUCAGACCAACAACAUCUUUCUUUUUUUUUUCUCCUUUUCUUCAUUUCUCAUGUCAAGAAGUUGCUUUUUUCUUUGUCAUUUCAGCUCAAAAUGUUUUUAUUUAUGUCCACAGUCUUUAAUUUCAUUUGGAUGUUUUGUAAGUGAGGUCAAAUGAGUGAGAGCUAUCAAGCUAAACUGACCCACAAGAGAAGACGUGCUACUUUGUCCGAAUCCGAAUCCUCGUCCAUGUUGUUGGUACAAUCAUGACAGUUCUGGAGGUAGCCUGAAAGCCCCUUUUCUUUCUGUUGUUUUGGAGAUCAGUCUAUUGCAGGAGCACGCUUCACAUCCUGUUGAAUGCCAGCGGGUCUGAUAGCUUUCUCAGGCAGCACCUAAAGCAAACUAACAUGCGUGUCUGCUUUGAAACGAAACCGGGUGGACCAAAUCCUGUAGUUUACAAAAAAACAAAACAAAAAAAAAAAAAAAAAAAAAAAAAAAAAAAAAACAUUGUGGCUGGGUAAAGAAUUUGGAGAACAGAGUAGUACGGCUCUUUGAGGUACUUGCCAUUGUCAGUAAGAAACUUUUUUUAAGAAAUGGCUGAUGAUCUUAGUGCAAUCCUCUCACAUUUUAUGUUUAAUAAUGUGGGACUCAUCUUUAGGAUUAAAUGUGAGCAACUGGGACACAGCUGGCGCACUUAAUUUUCUUUUUUUAAAAAACAAUUGCAGCAUUUGUUGUACAACUAAAGCUAGAAGAUAUAAGAUCGAAGAUUUAUUUGCAAACAGAACUAGAUUAAAAGUGAAGCAAACUCUAGUGCCAAACACAACUAAUAAUGAUGUUAUGCAUGCUGACUUAACAUGGAGUGUGAGAGCGAGGGGUACAUUUUGUUAAUUCGUUGAUCAUUUUGUAACUGCAGUGUCAUGCUCCUCAAAAUUUUCACAUCUUUGACAAGAGAAAAAAAAAAAAGCACAGCAUAAGGUUGUUGAUGUCUAGCUAAAUAAAUAUUUUUGGUCUCAAUGAAACCGUUUAAAAAAGGUGUUCGCACUAGACUCUCAUCCAAACCAGUCCUGUCUAGUCUCGCACAAGCUGUCACAUGUGAAAAUAGUGGGCGUUGUUCAUGAAUCCAGCUCCGCCGGCCGGUACAAGCUCGACAGUUUCGUUCCCAAUCGAAGCCCAGUACCCGCCGGCCGUGGUCCAAGCUGUUCUUUCACAUUAUCUUCUGGCUAGAAAAUGUCUUAGAUGCUCUCUUUAGUCAUAGCGAGGAUUAUAUUUAAGUAUAAAAAAUAGAAAUGUAUCAUUUAUAUAUGGAUUCUAUUGAUAUAUCAAAUAUAUACAUACAAUAAUUAGUCUAUAAAACAGCUUUUUCUCUCCUUUUCUUUUGUAUUGGGAAUAAUAAUUAUACCUCCUAAGUGUUUAUAAUGCUAAUUUUUGUUUUUAUACGAUCAUCAAGAGUGUACUCAUUAUUUAAAAAGGUAACAUCUGGGAUUAGAAAACUGCGGGAAUUUAUUAGAUAUCAGCAUCUGUUUAUUUUGUUGUUUUUUUUUUUAUACUUGCCACAGUAACAUUGAAUGUGUGACCUGGUUGGUUUGUUGUGCGCUGCCACAUCUGUAUUUCUCUCACUAACAACAGUCAGUCGUUAAACUGACGUUAUAAAACCAGUGGCUUGUGCAAGACUGAGAGCAACCUGCCCUUUCCCACAUAAUCUGACGUGGCAAAAACAAUAUUUUAAUAUAUUCCAUAGUCCAUACAGUUGUCCUUUUGCUUUGCCUAAAAAUGAACUCAUCUCUCGGAUUCAGUCAUUUGUUCCCCUGUAAUCCCUCUGAGGUUUGUAGCUCUUUGACUUUCUAACUCAGACACCACCAUGUUGUUGCUCUUGUUUGUUUUCUACUUUAGUUCUUUUGUUUGUUUUUUUUCUCCCCAAACGGGCAAAGUGCAUCUCUGUGUCCGAGUUGCCAAUCACUCAAUAUUGGCAAAACUAUUUCACAAAAGAGAGAAAAUAAAUUAUUCUCCCAAUUGUUCUUGACUGUUGCACAGUAUCGGUCUGUUGUAUAUUGUAGUAUUAUUACUCUCUAUGCUGCUGCUUCUCAUCGCACAUUUCUGGGGGAAAUAAAAGUGAAACUGUAAAACAUCCGUGUUUUAUCUCCGGUCAAAAACUGUCUUUUGAUCACCUAGUUGUCCACAUUUGGAUCAGUGUCAUUCUGAAGACUGUCUCAUGCAAUAUUGGAGUAUAAUUUAAUAAAAUUGGAUGUCUGGAAAUAUAUCUGUAUCUUAUCAUUGCAAUAAAAAUAUAGAAAGCA